AUGACACCCAUUAGGCUGGGUAUCAGUCAAGCAAGACCUGAUGAGAAGUUUGAUGACAUGUGCCCUAGCAUAUCACGCAAAGGCACUAUGGAUAACAUUUCCCUGGUUGACACAGACAUGCUCAGCCUGACUAUGAACCUGCUCUACCUGCUGGCCCUGGCUUUUCACCCUGACCUGGCCAUGGGUGGCAGAGCCCAGCGCAAACAAUGGCAGGCUGAGAGCAGUCUGAGACCAUAUCUGGGUAGGGUGGACCCAGUCCUACUAUGUGAGCUUCUGAAGUGUCACAGUCCAAUGGGUUCCUGGUGCCAGGUGGUGCAGGACAACGGAGUCCUCUUCCCAAAGUGUGUGUGUCCUAAGACCUGCCCACGGCAGGGGGCACCAGUGUGCAGUGUUCUGGGAAAGACCUAUGGGAACGAGUGUCUGCUGCAUAGAGAAGCCUGCCGCAAGAGACGUCACAUUGGACUGGCUCAUAAAGGGCCUUGUCUGGUUUCCAAGGCAAACUGUACAGAGGAGGAGUAUGGCCAGUUCCCAUACCGCCUCAUGGACUGGUUCCUCCUAUUGAGUCGCAUGGGAGAGUCCUACGCCCCCUACGCCCCGCCUCAGAGCUGCCUGAGCCACGCCCAGCGCUCCCAACUAGCCCAGCGGAGGUUUGGCCUGCUGGACAAGAACAAGGAUGGAAAGCUGAGCCGGAAAGACCUGAGGAAGCUACGCUACAAAAGAAUGCCUCUAGAGCACUGUGCUACCUCCUUCUUCCAGUCGUGUGACCAUAACAAGAACAGUAAGGUGACCCUGCAUGAAUGGGUGUCCUGUCUGGUGGAUCGCUCAGAGAUCUGGUUCCACAGCUUCAUGUCUAUGAAAAUGGGAUCCGGUAAGCUGUGUCCCAUGAAGACUGACAACCACCUUUGACCUGGAUAUGAACACCUCUCCUAUCGAAUUGUGUAUUUAUUCCUUGUUACUUCUCAUUUUUAUCUCUCUGCAUUGUUGGGAAGGGCCCGUCAGUAAGCAUUUCAAUGUUAGUCUACACCUGUUGUUUAUGAAGCAUGUGACAAAUAACAUUUGAUUUUAUUUUAAUUUGAUUUGUCUACAUGUGCAUCUGUUUAUCAAUGCUAUCGACAUUCUACAAUCAUCAGCAUCAAUUAAUUAUCCACUGCCAGUAUCAUAUUUCCACUACUCCCUCUAACGGUCACACUCAGUACUGCAUUUGUUUUUGAUUAAUGACAUCAUCUGUUUUGAGAAGUCCACUGUAGAUUCGUCUGUGUGGAGAAAUGGCCUGUAAUAAAUGUCUAUGAGGCUUGGCUACCCUCUUAGUGUCUAGAUGGGGAUGGACGGAGGAGAGAGGGGCUCAUUAAGAACCAGGAGGACGUGUUGCAUGGAUCAAGCAUUCAAUUACUGUGUAAGGAGAGAUAGAUGGUGAAAGCCUCACAGAGACAAUGGGAUACUGUGAUGGAGGGAGGAUGGAGGGAAGAGAUAGAAAAGAGAUGAUGUAAGGAAAGGAAGCUUAGUGUGAGAAGCCGUUACCAGGGAAGGGAACAAGGGAUAAUAGGGGGAGACAGGGGAAGAAAGAGGAGUGUGGUAAUGCACUGUAAACGAAGGAGGGAAAUAAGAAAGUGUGUUUAUGGAAGGGGGGGUAAUGCACUGUAUAUGGGGAGUAGAGAUGGCGGUGGGUAAAGUAAUGCAUGAAAAAUGGAUCAGAAAUGAGAGAAAGAACAAAAGGGGGAUGGAAUAGUCUGAGAGAAGUGGGAGAAGAACUGUAACUGAGAAGAGGUUUUAUGUUGUAGGAAUAGUAGCCAUGGCGUAUGAUAUUUGUCAACAGGAAGCAGGAAAUGAAGAAAUAAUGCCCUCUUGUAAGGUCAAAGAGCCAAAUCAUCAGCCCUUACACAGUCCAGUACAUUAUUUUGAGAUAUUUGAUCUGAUGCCUCAGCUUUUCCACAGCUCUCAUUGUGUUUUGUUUCGUCUGUGCGUGUGUGUAUUCUAAAAGUUCAAUAGGGGAUGUGCGUGGCCCGGGGUGGGUUCCUCGGUUCCACUGGUGUCUCUGGAUUAAUUACCCCUCACAUUUUUCUUUGCCGGGAGGAGGAAAGAUAGAGAGAGAUAUUUCAAUAUUCAACAUUAGAUACAGAUGCUUCUCAGACACGGGGCAACAGAGGCUUGAGAUGUGCAAUGUGCCCAGAUAAACCCCCAAAGAAUCAAAACAAGAUUUUUUUCCUGAUGUCUCAGAUUCAUUCUCGUCACUUCUGAUUAAAACGAGACCACUGGAGGCAGUAUCAGAGUUUUAGAAAAGAAGAGAGGAAAAAACAGAUGGUGAGAGGAGCUGUAAAUGAACAGAUAUAGGAGCGUGAUCGGAGAUCAGCCAAUUGAGAGCAGGCUGUAUGAACUAAUGAGUGACCUGCACAUCAAGCUGUUAACACAGUCACCACGGCAAGUGGAAAGGAGCUCUGAAUACAAAUUCCACCCCCCCUUCAAUUGCUCCCCAUCCCAGGGGACUCGCUCCUUUAUCUGUGAAAAUGAAAUGUGUUGUUGGGGCCACCCCUGGAGGUCCCUGCCUCCCUCCCUCUUUGCGUCUUCAUCCCCUACAUUAAUAGAUUCCCACUCAUUACCUCAAGACCUCCUGCCCCACCUCCAACUCCACCACCCCCCAUCCCCCACACCCAGGGGAGGGUAAAACUGAUCCACAGGGCCCCCCUCCUGUCCUGCCCAUUGUCUCUCCCCCCUCUAUACUUAAUCACACUCACCUACAAUCUUCUUCUCCUCUUUCUGUUGUCACAUGUUGGAUGUUGUAUAGCUAGAUCUUUCACAUCCCCCAACCUAACCUUCUCCCCUCCCUGUGGUGAUCUGAUCUGAGAUGGUGAGAUAGUGUAUGUCUC